AUGCAGCUCACAAAAGCCCUCUCCGCCUCUCUCCUCGCGGCCCUCGCGGCCUCUGCCCCCGUUCCCUCCCCGCAGAUCCAGGUGGAUUACGCGCAGCUCCAGGCCCUCGCCAACAGCGUGCAGUCCUUUGCGCAGAGUACCUCAAGCCAAUUCGGCAGCCUUUCAUCGGAUUUCAAUGCCGUGGCAGGGAGCUUCAGCGGCAGCGCGCAGCAAUCCUUAUCCCAACUCUUCACCUCGCUCAGCGACUCAGUCAGCAGAAUCCAGCAGACUUCAAACAGCGUCGUCGAUGCACUGAACAACGCCGCGCAGACAUACGAGCAAGCAGAGAGCGAGAACGCCGGUGUCUGGAGCAAGUUCCAGGCCCGAGGCGACGCUCACGACCUGGGAUCCGAGUACCUCUCCGGCGUCGACACCCCCGCCGACUCCUCGACCGAUGAUUCUGCCUGGACAAAGCUCCGCACACGUGGGCGCUUGGGAUACAACGAGGCUCCUGUCGAUGAUGAAUUCGCGGCUAUUAAGAUGGUUGCAUCCGACGGCAAGGAUGCCACCACAUCCGCACUCGCUGAGGACAUCGCGGUUGCGACGCCCAAGGGAGAAGCUUCCCUCUCCAGCGAUGGAUCUGAUGCAGGUGCUUAUACCCAGGGGGCCGGUGGAGCAUCUGGCUCGGUCAGCGUUCCUGUCAGCGCGGACGCCACUCAAUCUGGUGCGGAGGCCGGUGUCGGUGGAGUGAAGGGCUACAAUGAACCGACGUCUCGGUCUGUUGGUGGUGGUAAGGGGAAUGACUAUGCAACUGAUAAUAUCCAUGCCACUGAGGCCGCUGUUGGUGGAGGGAAGGGGAAUGAUGUCGGAGUUUAG